AUGCAGCAAUACGGCACAGCUCCCCGUCAGGGGAUAUCCAAAUGGUGGUGCAUCAGCUUCUUCAUCGCCGCCAUCAUCUUCUUCAUCAUCGGCGGUGCCUUGAUGGGCACCUACCUCAACUCCGGCUACUCCAACUGCUACUCCAGCUCCUACUAUUCCUACAGCUACGACUACUCCUGUUUCGAUGGCAACACGGGCGAAUGGUACGGCGGUAUCGCCAUGAUCGCCCUCGGCGGUGUCUGCAAGUUCAUCGGCUGGGUUCUUCUCAUUGUUUUCUGCGUGCAACGCCGCCGCUUCGUCCAGAACAAUAUCACUUACGUCAACAACCCGACUCCCAUGGAGCCCGUGCCUCAGCAGGGCUACGUUGCCCCCCAGCCAACUUACCCUCCUCAGCCUAUGGCUGCCCAGUUCCCUCGCUCGCCUGCCAGCCCGGCACCUUACCCGGCCAGCGUUGGCACUCCCCCUCCUAAGGAGGCUACUGCCACUGCCUUCAGAUACUGUGGCCAGUGCGGUACUGCUGUGUCCAGCCGGUUCUGCCCUCAGUGUGGUACUGGCAACUAA